AGUUGAACAACAAUAAUAAAGGAAUACCUAAUAUUUAUUAGAAAUUCAAACUUUAAAGGAGCAAAUGACUAUUGCACAAAGAAUGGAAUUUUAUUUUAAGAAUAUAGACGAUCUAUAAUAAUGAUAAAGUGAAUACAACUGGUUGUAAUAUGGCCUGAUAGGUUACGAGACGUAAUAUAAUCAUUUUCCACAUCUAUCAAUUGCCAGUAUUCACAGAAGAUAAUAAAUCACAAUUCUAAUCUUUCUCUUACAAAUUUCUCUAAUUGAGCGACUCCAUAGUUCUUUUAUGAGAAGUGUUACGGGAAAAGAUGAAGUUAUUCUUUAAGACACCUGGUGGCGCUGCAGGCUAAGAAGGCAAGGAAGAGCCCAGCUUUCCACGAGAACAAAAUCAGAAUUGCGGGGGGAAAAACUCAUGCAAGGGGACGCUUUGUAAGGAGGAGCUGCGAGCUCAAACCCGAGCUUCCUGAGACGGCAACUCACGCCUGACAAUUGGAAUUAGAAAGAAAAAGGCAAAUUUCUUUGACUGAAAGGACCGCGCAUACAGGACACAAUGAAGCCUAAAAGGCAAGUGAUAUGUUUUGUUAUCUUAUUGUGGGUUUGUGAGGCGGCCUCAGCAACCGGGAGGUUUUCUGUGGCGGAGGAAAUCGAGGUGGGCUCCUUUGUGGCCAAUGUGGCAAAGACUUUGGGGCUGGAGAUAGGAGAAUUGUCGGCCCGCGGGGCCCGAGUCCUCUCUGAGGACAAUCGGCAUUAUUUACAGCUUAACCUAGAAAGUGGGGAUCUGCUCCUGAAGGAAAAAUUAGACCGGGAGCAGCUGUGUGGUCCGGAGGAGCCGUGUCUGCUGUCUUUUCAGAUUUUACUGGAAAAACCCUUUCAGAUAGUUCGCGCUGAGCUCCGGGUCCAAGAUAUAAAUGACCAUUCGCCUGUUUUCCCCAACGAUGAAAUGCUUCUCAAUGUCCCUGAAAAUAGUCCACCCGGGUCUCUGUUUCCUCUGAAAACCGCGCAAGAUUUGGACAUAGGGAGCAAUAGUGUUCAGAACUACACAAUCAGUCUUAAUUCUUAUUUCCACGUUCAAACCCAUGCUCGCGGUGACGGCAGGAAGUUCGCGGAGUUGGUGUUGGAGAAAACCCUGGAUAGGGAGGUGCAGCCCGAAGUCACUCUAACUCUUACCGCAUUGGAUGGUGGAUCCCCGCCUCGGUCUGGAACAGCUCAAAUCCGAGUCCUGGUUGUAGAUAUCAACGACAAUGCCCCCAUUUUUCCCCAGGCUCAGUAUGAGGUUCAGAUCCCGGAGAAUAGCCCCAUCGGCUCCCUGGUAGUCACAGUCUCUGCUACAGAUUUGGACACAGGGAAUAAUGGGCAAGUAUCAUAUUCAUUUUUCCAAGGCUCCGAAGAAAUUGUAAAUACUUUUGAAGUAAAUCCCACUUUAGGAGAAAUUAAAAUGAGAAGAGAACUAGACUUUGAGGCAAUUAAAUCUUACGAGGUGGAUAUUGAAGCCACAGAUGGUGGGGGGCUUUCAGGAAAAUGCACUGUUGUGAUCCAAGUGACAGAUGUGAAUGACAAUGCCCCAGAACUAGUCAUAUCGUCAUUUACCAGUCCUAUCCCUGAGAAUUCACCUGAGACCGUGGUGGCUGUUUUUAAGAUUCGAGAUCAAGAUUCGGGAGAAAACGGACAAAUGGUUUGUUCUAUUGAGGGAAAUGUCCCUUUCUUCUUAAAACCAUCUAUUGACAACUUUUACACCCUGUUAACACAGAGCUCCUUGGAUAGAGAAAGUAGGGUCGAGUACAACAUCACCAUUACAGUCACGGAUCUGGGAAUUCCGAGGCUCAAAACUGAGUGCAACAUCACUGUGCUAAUUUCUGACAUCAAUGACAAUCCUCCAGAGUUUACUCAGUCAGCCUACACCUUCUACCUCCAGGAGAAUAAUAUUCCUGCCCUCCAUAUUGGCAGUGUGAAGGCCAGUGACAGGGAUUCAGGGACCAAUGCUAAGGUUACUUAUUCUUUUCAGUCUCCUAAAGCUGGAGACCUGCCCCUCUUCUCCUAUGUCUCCAUUAACUCUGACAAUGGCAAUCUCUAUGUCCUGAGAUCCCUGGAUUAUGAAGUCAUCCAAGAUUUCCAAUUCACUGUAAGGGCAACUGAUGGAGGCACCCCACCCCUGAGCAGCCAAGCCCUAGUUCAGGUUGUGGUCCUAGAUAAGAAUGAUAACUCUCCUUUUGUGCUAUAUCCCCCACAGAAUGGCACAGUUCCCUGCAAUGAUCUAGUGCCCAGAACUGCAGAACCAGGUUACCUGGUCACCAAAGUGGUGGGUGUAGAUAUGGAUUCAGGGCAAAAUUCUUGGCUUUCCUACCAGCUGCUCAAGGCCACAGACCCCGGUCUCUUCACUUUAUGGGCCCACAAUGGGGAAAUUCGCACAGCAAGGCCCAUCAGUGACAAAGAUGCCAUUAAGCAGAAGCUUCUGGUGCUGGUGAAGGACAAUGGGGAGCCACCUCUGUCCACUGUGGCCUCAUUGAAUGUACUAUUGGUGGACGGCUUCUCUGAGCCCUACCUGCAACUCUCAGAUGCACCCAAGGAACAAGUCCAGAUUGAUUCCCUCACCGUUUACUUGAUCAUUUCUUUAGCUCUCAUCUCCUUUCUUUUUCUGGUCUCUAUUAUUAUGUUUAUUGCUAUUUGCCUGUGGAAGAGGAAAAGAGAUGCCACAGAUUGUAGUCAAUUUGAUCCAAAUAACCCCUUCCCAAACCAUCUUUUGGAUGUCAGCAGAACAGGGACCUUGUCCCAGAACUACCAAUAUGAGGUGUGUCUCACCAGUGGUUCAGGGACAGAUGAGUUCAAGUUCCUGAAGCCUAUUCUACCCAGCGUUCCUCCUCAAGCUACUUAGAAACAACUACAUUCUUAUUACAGUAUUAUAACUGAUAACAGAAAUUUAAUAUUGUCAAGUUGUAAAAUCUUUUCUCAUGCUAUUUCAUGAAUCUUUUAUUUUUGCCUAGUAGGGGAAACUUUAAAUUUAAUAAUGAAAGUUUUUUUUUUAAUAUGGUGCAAAUUAUUGUUAGUCCUGAAAGUUUUUUCAAUGAUCUUGGUUUUUGUAAAAUAUAUGGUAGCUAAUUAAUUGGAUACGUAAUAGUCCACAUAGUUUGCAAAAUAUUAAUAUUGUUUUAUCCUUAUAUUCUAUCCAAAAGAGUAAAAUUAGAAAAUAGAUUGUUUCCUUUGAAAUUUCAAAUAUUACAUAGUUUAGCUUUUAAGACUCUUCUCAAAAUUCAUUUAGAUGUUUUUCUUUCUAUUUAUCUUUGAGUUUAACUUUCACUAUAGGAUUGCAUUUAUCAAGCUAAUGAUUAUGAGACUCUUUCUCCUACAGUGAAUAUGCUAGCUAUAAGUUAAAUUUCUGCCACAAUUAAAUAUAAGAGCAACUCCUGAGUAAGGGCCAAUAAAUGCUAGGCUUCUCAUAGAGGCAGAGUUAACUAAAAUCACAUUUACCUAUAACCAAAAUUAAUUGUAUUUUUUGGUUAGAUAUGAAAUUAACAAUACCUUCAUGAUAGCUAAUUAAGAAUAUUAUGAUUUUAUAUUGGAAAGAAUUAUGAUUAAAGUAUGGCACAAAGCUUAAAGAAAUGGGAAUUUCUCAUUAAGAUUUCAUACUUUUCUGUUUAUCCUUAUUAUUAACAGUAGUAACUGAUUAUUCUAUCCCUACUUUUUCCUCCCAGACCUAAAUAAAAAUGAACUUUUAACCCAUUCUUAACUCACUUAUUGAAAUAAACACUCAAAUAUUUACAUUCUGGUAAAAUCUAGCUCGAACAUUUUAGUUUUCAGGUUGAUUAUAUGUAAAUCUUUCUUACAGUGGUUUUGUCAAACCCUUCAAAAUAGUUAUAAAUUUAUUUUUAAAAGUUUUGUUCUUAAUCCUUUCAAUUAAUUUUAUGGACAUUCCAAAAAAAGUCUCUAAACUGCCUGUUGAGGGAAAAUCUCAGUUUCUGCUAUAUGACCUGAUUAUGGCAAAAUAUAGAAGAGACAUUAACACUAUCCCCCUGUUUAGAUACAGAGAACCUGAAUCAAUCUUUGAUAAGUUAUUGAUUUUUCUAAAGAACAGAUUAUAUUCCUUUCAAUUCUCUCUUCAACAGAUAGUUUGGAAGUUCUAUAAAUUUGUCUUUGAUAGUUAUAUAUCUAAAUUCAGAUAUAAUUAGUUUUUAAAUAGCUCUGCCUGGUUGUGUGUGUGUGUGUGUGUGUGUGUGUGUGUGUGUGUGUGAUUUCCUAUAUUUUGCAAACAAAAAGCAAUCCAGUUAAAUGGAACACAGUUACAUGAUAGAGGUAUACUAGAAUUUCUUUGCAAUCAUUACUUUUUAAAGUCAUGGAUUAUAUGUGUGACCAUUUAAUCAUACAAAACGGAGAGACCUGCUAUAAAUGUUGAUUUACUUUCCCCCUAUCUUCUAGAGUAGUUUUUAUGGAUGGUAUUUACCUCUAAAUUUUGUCAACACAUUUUAUAUUUCUUUUCCUUUUUUUGAUAGUAGCAGUUAAUUUU